AUCAAAACAGUGCGGUGCCCUAUAACAUCCGAUUCGACACCCCAUCCCCAAAGUAGGCCGCCGCAAAAAAUAUCGAUCGACUAGUGCUGUUUUACUUUCAAGUUCACUGCUCCGCUUCCGUCAAUCAUUGGCACCUUCACCAGCGCGGAAGCCAUUGCCACCGUCAUCGAAGCGGAACGUGUCCUAGCUUCGUGUGAAAUGUCCCCGUGACCUGUUGCUUCCAAAUAGCAACCAACUGAAUGCAACCAAGGCAAGUGCGCCGUGAACGGACGGGCUCUUGGACGGGCUUGUAUCGGAAUUCCGCACCGCGGGUUGCCAAGGCACCCCGGCUACUCGGGUCAACCGCCGUUCGAUGCAACCCGGUUGCUCCGUCGUUGUUUAUUUUGCUGGCCUGGUUUCAGUCCAGCAGUGAGAAGUCAAUCGAUACGGUGUGAAAAAAUUUCGUUCCACAAGGGAAUUUUCUUUAAAAUAGAAAAGUUUUGAUAAGAAGUUCAAAGAGUCCUUUUUGGGGUCCCUUAGCAUGGAGAAAGAAAGUCGUUCCAAACCGAUUUCGAUCGUUCCGAAGAACGUGUUCGGGCUGCGAACGGAUAUUGUGGGAAAUGUGCAUUUUACCACGAAGCAGGAGAUCAUUUACCCGGUGGCGGGGGUUCUGGCCAUCCACGACUUUGCCACCAAUAAGCAGAAGUUUUUGCGGUUUCCUGAGAAUUACCACCCGGAGAGGAUUGUGAUUUCUCCUGAUCGAAGAUACAUCGCCAUAUCCGAAAAGAGUGGCGACAGCAAAUCCCUUAUCAACAUCUACGACAUCGCAACGCUAAAGAAACGUAAGACCCUACAACUGCCACCAGACUGCCCCAACACCCAGAUAGGCAACAUUUGUUUCACGUACGACUCGCGUGGCAUUGCCGUCCUCUCCGUAGAACCGGAUGCCUUUCUCUCGAUCUUUUCUUUCGAUAAGAAUGAAUCGCUUAUCAUUGGACGGGCUUCAAACUCCAGUCAACAAGGACAGGCAAACUACUUGUCCUGUAAUCCCGGAGAUGCCACCAUUGUCGCCGUGGGCGGUUAUUACAUGCUGAAGAUCAUGAACAAAACCGACAAGGGUUUCGGACAAAUUGGAACCAUCAAAGGGGAUAACUUGCUGGUAACGUCGAUUGCUUGGCUUACGGGAGAGGCUCUAGCCGCUGGAACGGCUGAGACCGAGUUAAUAUUCGUCGAAUCCGGAGAACUGAAACUCAAACUUAGGGCCGACGAAGUUGAACGAAUCGAUCUCUCGGCCGAUACCGAUGGUGAACUUUCGUCCAGCCCGGACAGCGAUUCAAGCACCAAAAAAGAUAACCACGAUGUGCUUUGUUUGACCCAGUUCGACACGGGCUUCCUCUAUGCCAUCCACAAUGCGGUUCACGUCUUCGAGAAAACAACAAAUUACAUUUUCACCAAGAAAUCGAUUAUACGGAUCCCUAUAACGCUCUACGAUGAACAAUCCUAUAAGAUCAUCAACGUCGCGGUGAAUGCCGAACAGGACACGAUCGUGGUCGCUACAAAACACUCCCAAAUCUACAUCGGAAUGCUUUUCGUACCGGAAACCCUGAAGGUUAGCGAACUUGUGUUUCGCCAUCUGGGGGAACCACUGCAUGUCAGUGGAAUAGUUGGUCUGUCGGUAUGCUCCUGGAAACCAAUUCUCAUGACUGCGUCCAAAGAUCUUACCAUACGCCUCUGGAACUACAACAGCAUGAAGGUCGAGCUGGUCAAAAAGUUCCAGAUCGAAAUUGGAGUCAUCGCACUGCAUCCAUCCGGUUUCUUCGCCGCCGUCGGAUUCAUCGAUCUGCUGCUGUUGAUGCAAAUUCAGCUAGAUGACCUUAAGGUUACCAAGGCGUUCAACUACCCGAAUUGCACUCAGCUAAAGUUCUCGAACCGGGGUCACCUGUUGGCGGCAGCGCACGGAAAGGUCAUCAGUUUGAUCAGCAUUUUUACGUUCGAUGUGGUGCAAACCCUAAAAGGGCACAACGGUACCAUAUUAAGCCUAUCGUGGUCAACCGAUGAUCUUUCCCUGGCGUCCGGCGGCAACGAUGGGGCGAUCUACAAGUGGAAUGUAGUGACUGGCGAGCGGAUGGAGGAGAUCGUUCAGAAGGGGAUCCAUUACCGAUCGCUGGCGUUGACGAGUGAUGCCAAUUCGGUGUUUGCCAUUACAAACACCGGACUUAUUCGGGAGAUGUGCAAGUCGGACAUCCAUCGUGAAUUCAAGAUUCCGGAUUUGACGCCACUUACGGAUAUUGCGCUGUCACGGUCGGAUCUGAUUAUGUUUGUUGGCACGGAAAAGGGGCACCUGUACAACGUAGACAGCAGUAACGGAAAUUGCAGCAACUUUAGGUUCUUCAACACUAAGAUCACCAAGAUUAGUUUAACCUUCAACGAUAGCACUCUGAUAACGUCGACGGAUGAUGGUACGUUGAUUAUUUGGACGAUCUUGAACAGCGAAGGUAAAACUGCGCCGUAUGCACCGGAAUUGGGACUUUGUUCGGAUGUUUUGAUAGCAAGGCAGGAGUUGGUCGAUAAAAAUGACUUGAUUUCUACGCUGGAAAUGCGCAUUCAACAGCAGAUCAUGGAGUUUCAGUACAAGAUGAAACAAGGGGACGUUUUCCAUUCGGAACAGAUGAGGGAUAUCCAUCGGGACUACUGUGCGGCGAUUGAGGAAUUGAAGAAAAAGAACGAAGAAAUGGAGAUGGCCCACAUGGAAGAGUUCAACCUGAUGACGGCGAGUAUUGCUCAGCAAAAGGAAGAUCGCCAGAAAGAAAUGAUGGAAUUUGAGGCACAGUUCCACGAGAAAAUCAUAAUGGAAUAUGAUAAGCUGAGCGAAAUGAAGCAGCGUAUGGAUCAAAUGAGGGAGGACUAUGAGGUCAAGCUACGACGAUCGGCGGGUUGUUUGCAGGAUACGAUCGAAUCUCUGGAGGCCGACCAGAAGAAGCAAUUAGUCGAAAAACAGGAAAUUAUCGACGGGCUUUUGAAGGAAAUGGAUCGGAAGCGCAUCGAGUUCAACGAAUACUGUAAGCAGGUUGAUGUUGAUAACGAUCGCAACAAAGUCGAGCUGCAGCUAAACUACGAGAAGAAACUCCAAGAAGAGGAAGAAAAUUGCAUGAAAUGGCGAGGUGAAGCCGGUGUGUUGAAGAAAAAGUUCUCCACCCUGAGCCGAGAAGCAGAAAACUACCGAAAGGAGAUCGAAACCCUACAGUAUCAGCAUGGAAAGUUUCAGCAAGCGAUAAAGCAGCACCAGCGGGACAUUGAAGAUCUCAAAAGGGAUCUCGCGGAUCGAGAAUCGAUCAUAAAGGAAAAAGAACGGAAACUUCACGAAAUGAACAAAAAGACAAAUGAGCUGGAAAAAUACAAGCAAGUGCAAACGCACAAAAUUAACGAGCUGAAAAGCCAAAUCGAACCAAAGGAUAGGGAAAUCAAAGAGAAGAAAGAGAUUAUUGGUGAGAUGGAGAAAAAGCUAGAAGAACUACAGCUGAACAACAAACAGUUAGCUUUACAGCUGCAAGAACUGCGCGACAAGUACUACGGAGCCGAUUUAGAGCUGCGCAAGGAGCGAAAUCGAUUCCGGAGCUCUAAGAACCAAUAUCAACAAGUUUGCAGAGAAAUUUAUAAUGUGGCAGGACUAAUUCAGAAGCCCGAUGAGUUGAAGCGAGGAAUCACUGAUUUAUGCCAUCGAUACUCAGACGACAAAGAGCUCCAGAAGUCGCUGGCCUCAAGUGAAGACGUUCAGAAUGAAUUCCUACGACAGAGGGAACACUUGGAAAAGUUGACCAAGAAUGCGAAAAUGAAGAGUGGGCAGACAAAGGAUACAGGCGAGACGAUGAAACUGAUGAAGGAGAAUAUGGAACUCUUGGCGGAGUUGAACAAAUUGAGAGAAUUGUUGAACGAAAAACAGCGUGCCUGCACCAGGAUGGAAGCUUUGCUGGGGCUAUCUAGUAAGGCUAUAUCGCCACGGGAAGCAAAGUUAAAGCUCGAGAAGGCUGUUGCGGACAAGGACGAACUAGAGAACCGACAUCGUGAACAGGUGACCAAGCUGCAAGAAGUCAUCAAAUCGCUUUCGAACGAAAACCAAAAUUUGCGUUCGGAAAUUGUAGCUUUGAACAAGAAAAAUAACGGUAGAAGUUAGGAGCUGCUUACUUUUCAUACGAAAUAGCUAUUAGCGUUUUCUUUGAAAUUCGAGUUGUACCGGUAAAUAUACUUAUGCCUUUCCAUAAGAAGAUCUGUUCUUUAGGUAUACAUUUGCCCGAAACGCAGCGGAAUUCUCAUUUUUUCUAUUG